UUAUUACCGCCACCCAGAAGGAUUUUUGGCACGUGAUUUAGGCGGUUUGGACUUGGGGGAGCAGUCCAGAGUCAGAAGUGGAUGACAACAACAAAGUCCAGAACCAACAUGGCGACUGUGGGGUGCUUCUUGACAGGAUGUGGGAUCAGAUAAAGUAGCGAAACCUUCCCCCUGCAGCUGAGACUGACUCCGCCAAACUAAAACAUUUGGGUUUCACACUCAGCAAAUACUGAAAAAGUGGUGAAAAAGAACAUUUUUUGAGCUCAGUCGUAGAACAAUGGCUGAGCGGCUUCGUUAACAACACAAAGCUUUCUCUUGUCGUUGUUUGCCGUCGGGACCUCUAUGAUGACACACUCGACCUGAGUCCAAGCAAGCUCACGCAACAGGAAGUCGACUUCUAAACUGCUCCCUCACGGAGGAGUUAUGAUCUUCAAGAUAAGCGGCAGGUCUUUUCGUCUGGAAGCAAAAUAGUCCGUCGACUGGAGACUGGAGAACUGCCGACCAAAAUAGAAGAAGGGGACGUCUGAGAAAGGAACAGUUGAGACGACUCGGCUGGAUCGGUUUUGUGGCAGUGCUCCAAGAGAGCUCAUCCAGAGAAGAAGACAGCCCUUCUGGGAGGUCCUCCUCGUCACAGGGCUAUUACAAGAGCAAAGGAAGAGCAGUCUUCCACAGGCGACACAAAACUGCUGGAAUGAUUGGCGCGACGCUCGGGAAACACCCCGUCUUCAGUCGGUGAGGACGAGACCUUUUUACCGAGCCAAGAGUCAGAGUGGAAGGAAGCAGGAGCAUUUGGGGUGAACCCUCACCAGAGCAACGCUGGAGAUGGAAAAGCCCCACGUGUCAAUCAAGAGAGGGGUGAGCUGGAGUCCAGGAGGAGGGAGCAAAGCUCUGCAGGCAGCAGGAGGCUCGCACACCAGUGGAUCACAGACCACGGCAGCAUGGGAAAAGACAGAGCCAAACAAGGAACAGAUGAGCCGGAAAACAAACCUGUCCAGAAGCGCCAGUUUAUCAGAGAAGGAGCUGACGGAGGCCAGAGAAAGAAGUCAGAUCAUCGCUGCGCAACUCACCGUUCCUUCAAACUCAAGGUCUAGAGGGGUGCAGCUCUUCAACCGGCGCAAGCAGCGAGUCAACGCCUUCACUCUAGAAAGCUGUGGUGAGGGUUCCGCGGGAGAUGGACCGGAGAAUGUGAACCAAACGUCCAACAAGCCAACAUGGGCAGAGAGAAGUCGUGAAGACAGAGACAGAGAGCAGAACUAUAAAAAUAGCCCCAUCAAAGUACCAGGAAGGAAACCAAGGAAUCAGAUCGGUGAUAUAAUGGAGGAACCGAGUCAUCAGUGCCCAAAGGAGGAUAUUGUGGAAAGCAACCCAGUGGAGAAAGGUUUUCUUCCUGUGGUUGAUAGAGAAGUGGAAGAGGCUCCAGAUGAGAUCGAAAGUGAAUUCCAAGAGACUUUUGCCUCUGGAACUGGCAUUGAUCCAGAUGUGGCGAAACGGUCCACCAGGGAGGAUGAGACAAGUGAAGGUCGUGUGGAGCCUGCGAAGCUUUCGAAUGGAUGCCAUGGCAACAGUGGAAGUGGCAGUGCGUCUGUUGCGCCGUCCAAGCAGCCAGUCAGUAUCAUCAAUCGAACUGCAAGGCCGUUUUUCUCGCCACCGACGGUCCAGUCUCAGGAGCCUGUCAGCCCCGUGACAGAGAUCCCUCCUCCUCCUUCAUAUUCCAUGCCUCCGCUACCUGCGUUCGCUGCUUCCCCACCUGUUGCUUCCUCCUCCCCACCACCUUCUCCGUCUUACCCGACUCCUUCUUUACCGGUCUUUACCAACCAACCGCCGCAGCAAUACUACGCCAGCCCUCCUCCGACAUCAAGCGCUCCUGAAUCUCCCAGAGCGAGCCAGUUUGAAAUCACCCUCUCAUCCUUGCCUCCCAUGCCUCAUUACGGCCCUCCCACGGCUCCCAAGCCUUCCACUUUUGUUCCUCAGCCAUUUGGGCAAAGGCCAACAGCGCCGGUUAAAACAGGAAUCCUUGAAGAAAGUGCGGCCAAAAGAUCCACAAAAAAGUCAAUGUUUACAUUCAAGGAGAAGCCAGUUGUAGCACCAAACCCUGAGUUGCUGUCUUUGGUUCAAGGGGUGGAUGAAAGGAAGAAACAGUCGCAUCACUCGGUGCCGGACCCCUCACAUGAAGAGGAGCUGCUUGCUUUGGGGGCGGAGGCUUCAAACUUCCUCAAUAAGGAGCGAGAGAAAGCUGAGGAGGCAAAGGCUCCGGAGUGGGCCUCCUGCCUCAAGAGCUCCAGGACCCGUCCGAGGGCCGAGCAUAAGCCAGAACAGACCCUCAGUAAUGUGUCAGGGAAGGGAGCCGAACUGUUUGCCAAGCGCCAGUCGAGGAUGGAGCGAUACGUCGUAGAGAAUCCAAACGCAGGUCUCCACAACAGGUCUCCCUCCCCGACCAUGUCUCUGCCGCCAUCGUGGGUUUACCCGUCUAAUAUGCCUGGCCGGGUGAAGGCGAUUGCUAAGAACUCCGAGAUGAGCGCUCAGCUCGCUCAAAACAUAAAGUCACAGCAAAGCACCAAGCAAAAACCCAGGCAAAGGGCCCCAUCUCAGGAACCCAUUCAAGAGCCGCCUGCGCUGGAAAAUGGUUGCACCAAGAUUGAAAUGGACUUGUCGAGGCACCGGCCGUAUCAGAUCAAUUCUUCUCUCUUCAUCCUGAACCCAGUGAAGGAUCCCAUAUCGACCCUACCCCGGGGAGCCCCACAAGCAAAGAACCUGAUGCCAGCCCAGACCCUCCCCAGACAGUCGUCCUUGCCUAGCAACACUCUCCCACUCUUCAGGUCCCAGUGUAUGUCCCCAACAAGAAGUGAUACCUGUCCCUCAAGUCAAGCCAGUGAGCAGCAGCAGCCGGCCAAGUCGGCCUUCUCUGCUGAUCGUGUGCGCCCUCCCAGGUCAGGGGUCCAGGUGCCCAGGCCAACGUUUUCAGCCAAAAAAGCUGGAAUUGAAGCACAGACACAUCCGGAGUCUUUGCCAGAUGACAUCCAAACUGAGACGCCAGCCGCCAGGACGCCCAGCCUCGUGAGACGCUUCAGCAGCCCAGGCUUGGCUUCAUCCACGUGGUCUUGCAGCCUGAAAACAAACCCCUCCAGCAACGUCGGCAGUCGCUCAGUCACGUCACCUGUUUGUUCACCCUGGAGCCCAAGAUCCAUGUCACCCGUCGGCAGUCAGAAAUCUACGUCCACUUGCCGCUCCAGCCAGGCUGCGAUGACCUCUCCACCUUGGGGUUCAAGAUGUCAAUCACCCGUUAAUCCUGCAUCUACCACUAGUUUUUCCUCCCUGUGGGGACCAAGGUGCCAAUCCCCGGCGGUUAACCAGCACAGCCAUUCAUCAACCUUCUCUAGCACAUCUCCAACAGCAUCUCCCGCCUCUCCUCCAUGGGGAACCCGAUGCCCACCAUCCACACAAGGCCAGAAUUCCCAACUCUCUGCGUCUACUACCAAGUCACCCCAGAACUCCACAGCUUCCCCUAUGUCUCCUCCGUGGAUGUCAAGAUGCCAGUCACCAAUGGCCAACCAGAACAGCCAUACAUCCCCUGAUGUUUCUGUCUCGUCGCUCCGACGUUCCCAAACGCCCACAGCCGUAUCUCCGGUCACUCCACCUUGGGGUUCACGCUCCCAAUCUCCUGCACUUUUUCAUUCAAGUCUGUCCUUCCCGGCGACAAAACCCCUGCACACAUCUGCCAGCAGCUCACCUGCACCCAGAGACUGCAUGUCCCCGGGGGCCAGUAGUCAAGACUCCAAGACCAGCCAUCGCAUCCUGGCCAAGAACAUCAUUAACGCAGCCAAGCGAAAGAACAGUCCCUCCCCAGGUGCCUUAAGCAGUCACAGCCUCCCCAUGUCACCUGUCGGGAACUCACCCCAUGGCUUCGACUCCCACAAGCCACCUAUGAGCCCCUUCCCAGUCCGGCAGUUGGGAGCCCAGUCCCCAACCUUCACCAGCCCCCCACCCACCCCCACACAAAGGCUUUGCUCUCCUGUAAGGCUGUAUAACACACGCUCGCUCACCGACUCUGAUGCCUCCGUGGAGUCUGAGGACUCAGGUCUCCGCUCCCCGGGAUUACACUCCUACAACACUUGCCCUCGCGGCUGGGGCGGCAGCCUGCGGGUCAAGAGAAGCACCAUUUCCACUGACCUAUAAGAGCACUUGCUGAGUUGAAGCCUAUGUUUUACACGGUGACGUGACAAGAACAAGCUUGACACAAGCCUGAUUUGAUGGCUCGUGCGCUUAACCUGACGCAAUAACGCAAUGCAGUUUAGCCAAAGAUUGUAGUCUGAGAAAUUUCAAGGAUGAAGAAGGGUACGUGUAUUGAUAUUCUCUAUGGACUGUGCUGUACGUGGAGUCAAGCUUCUCCGUGAUUCAGCUGCUUGUAUAUCACUACAGUGCAAAAUGGUCCUAUGAUGUACCCUGAGCUGUAACAAGCAUGUCAUAACAGCAGUGGAACACAUUAUGCAAAUCGCCCCAGUCACUUUACUACAACGUAUUUACUGAAUGUGUCGUCAUGUAUCCACAUUGGCCUAAAUGAAUGUAAAUGAAAACAGUCAUUCGAGAUUAAGAAAUAAUCCACGACAUUCCAGUGUUGAGGUGUUGCCUGCCUCCUCUGUCCGUCGAUGUUGACUUAUCCUGCUUGUGUUUAUAAGCCUCACUGUUUUCAAAACAUUUCAGACCUUAAACCAUAGUCCAUAACUCUGCCUCUUUAAGACAGGAAACGGGAUCCUGCAGUUCAUGUUGACAACACUAUUAACUGGAAAAAUGUUUAUAAAGACUUCAUAUUCAUUCCGACCAUUUCUUCUCUCCUCUUCAGUUACAAGGCAUUACCUUUAGAGAUUUGUGAAGCAGCUGCGUUUUCAUAUCCAGAUGACCAGCUGAGGUGUUUGGAGAAGAAACUAUGCAUCUAAGGAGAAACAGAAUGCUUAACUUCCUAUAAAAGAAGGUUUUCCUCUCACAGUAUAUACAGUGUUUGCACUACUUUUCUCAUGUUGCCAAAUUGCUUUGUAUUAAACUCUAUUUUCACAAGGGUAUUAUUAAUAAAAAAAUGUACAGUUGAGAUGAGGUUGUGACUUGAAAUAUUUCCUGCUGCACAAAGCACAUCUGCAUAUAUAUUUUUCUGAGUGACAGGAACACCUGCUGCAUUAGAAGCUGCCUCCUUCGCCAGCCUGUCUCGACCAUGGUGUUGGCCUGAGACUGAACCCUUCGGAACUCUGGAUCGUGGCGUGGUGGGGUUUUGGAAAUCAAAGAACUCAUCCGUUUUUUGUUCAUUAAUGCAUACAAUACAAAAAUGUUACUUUUGGUUCUGUCCAAAACAGAUAGAGAGUCGAGUCAGGUCACCAUCUUAGAAGAAUGUGAAGAAAAAUGGGGCACAGAAAAGGGAAAAGAAAAGAGGGGACAACAGUACUGAAUACAUAC